UCAGUUAUUGUUAUAACGGAGCGGGUCAAAUAUAUCUACUCCAAACAUUGCAACAGCGGCAUCAGUCAUUGCAUUGGCCUUGUUCCAUAUAUACGCGACUAUAUGACGUUCUGAUAUUAUCACCAUAAUUAUUGGCUUCGAAUUAAACUUGAACUUGAUAGAAAUCUUCACACAGCGUCGUAAAAAUGGCAAAUGGAAUGCAUUAUCUCACUUUGGGUAUGGCGGUUUUAGUCGUGACCGUUGGAAUACUGAAAGUAGCACCUAUCGACCCUGCGCAUGGGUUUAUGGUGUCCAAGAUGAACGAGUAUGCAACAGUGACGCCUUUAAGAUACAUCGGGAUUCAGCUUUCAGGCGCUGGCUUUCGAGCUCUUAUCGCUGUCCUCGAGAUCGCCUUCGGAUCCCUCCUCGCAUUCGGCCGGAACGACUGGCCGGUCGUCAGCGGGUUCGUCGUCCUGGCGAUCUCUACCAAUGGUCUAUUGUGUCAGCUUGCACUCCGCGAAGCUCCCGCAGAUUUCGUGGCGCCCAUUUUGAUCUUCGUUUUGAUUGUUGUCAUGAUCUUUGGACGGAAUGGGCUGUUGGGCCGACGUGGCAAGCUACAUCUUUCUUGAAGUUUGACUAAACGUGGGAGGAAAAACCCUGGCCUUAAUCGUCAUACAAUAUGUUCUCAUUAAUCAUAACAUUGACAGCAAUAUUCAAAUGAAUCCUCAGUGUAUGCCUUAUCAAAGACGCCAUCAAAAUUGUCGAGGGAUAUCGGCCUUAGUUUGUAGAUAGGUUUGGGGGGAAAUGAUAACAAUAAUAACUGUUUUUUUAAAGAAUCUGACAUACCAUUGAAAACUAAAAAUUAAAACAUUAAAGAAUAGAUGAAUAAGAAACAGUGAAUAAAUAAUGAACAAUGAAUAUUCAUAAAAAGCGACAGUCCCCCUUUAAAAAUGUGAAUUGGACAAUAUUUAACCCUCGAAACUAUUUAAAACAAAAUUAUAAGAAAUACAGUUUCAAAAUACCAUAGUAUCUGUUCUCAAUUUCUCAUGCUACUGUAUUCCAUCGUUACGUACAAAAUACGGUUAUCAAAAUAAUUCAGUUCUUUGAUUGAACUUAGUUAGUUCUAUUAAAUUAAGUGAUAUGCCGGUCUAUGAUAUUUCGGUAUGGAAUGAAAUAGACUAAGUUUGAACAAGAGUUGUGUUUACUAAGAUUUUGAUAUAAAAUUGCGGUCAAUUUACUAUAAAUUCGUAAAUAAAAUAUGUCAUUAUAAUUAUUUGUAUGCGGAAUACUAAACGAACAUAACUUAUGUUCCUUGUUAAUAGGCCUACGUUGAAGUAUGUGAUUAUUAUUAUCAAUAAUAAUGACCACAUUUCAUAAAGCGUUUUACCGGUUAUAACUACAGCUGGAAUGGAGCUUCUACCUUGAAACAAAAAGGAAUCGGGGGUGUAUUUUAAAGACCGUCAAUACUACUGGGCCAGAAGGGAUUAGACCACACAGCGAGGUCACUGACAGGUGGCUUUCUCUUUAACUCAGCUCUCAACUAA